AUGACAACUAUGAUAAAUUUUAUUUACACUACUAAAAAUGAAAAUAUUAAUUAUAAAAUGUGUAAAAUGAGUAUAUACUAUAUAAUUUUAACACACUAUGCUGUUAUUAUUAUAAUUAAAUUUAAAAAAAAAGAGAUGGGAGGAGGUAGAGAUAAAAAGAAAAAGAAUCAAAAAAAGAGCUUAUUAGUCGAAAAUAAUAAAAAGCAACAGAGUUCUAGUAAAGGAAGCAGCAGCAAUAGCAAUACCAGUAAUAAUAGUAAUAAUAAUAAUAAUAGUAAUAAUCAAGUUAAAAUCACCAUUAACGAAGAUGGUGAUACAAUAACAUUAAAGAGAAUUAAUGAUUCAUAUAUUUGUACAAACUGCUUAGAAUCAUUUAAUUUAAGUACAAAUAAAAAAGGUAUAAAUAACUAUUCAAGCAAUAUAAAGCCACCAUUAGAAUGUUCAACAUGCCAUGUUAAAGAUAUAGGUUCAAGUGCUAAACAAAAUGGUGCAAGUAGCAUCGGAAAAAAGAAGAAUAGAAUUCUUGAUGAUGAUGAAGAGAAUGAAAAUUUUGAUAAAGUUUUAGCAAUCGGAGAUGGUGUCAAAGGUUUAGAUAAUUUAGGCAACACAUGUUUUUUCAACUCAAUUAUGCAAAAUUUAACACAUGUAAAUAUUUUAAGGGACAUAUUUUUAAAAGAGCCUGGAACACCUGGAAGUAAAAUUCAUACAAGUAGCCCACUUACUAUGGAGAUGUACUAUUUCUUUAAUAAGAUGUAUAAAACUAAACACACCCACAUUUCACCAACAGGAUUAUUUUCAGAAAUUUGUAAAAAGUCUCCAAGGUUUAGAGGAUUUAAACAACAAGAUUCACACGAAUUAUUAAGAUAUUUAUUAGAUGGAUUAAUCUCUGAAGAACAAAACACAACUCAAAGAAGAAAGGACCCAACCUAUAUUGAUAAGAUUUUUGGUGGUCAGUUAAUUAGUAUAAUAACAUGUUUCCAUUGCGGCUAUGUUUCGAAAACAUACGAACCAUUUUUAGAUCUUUCUUUACCAAUUCCAUCACAAUCUGACAUUUCUGGUCACUCCAACAAAGCCAAAGGUCACAAUUUUGUUAUGCCAAGAGUCUCAACACCACCUUUAUUAAGAAAAUCAAACAUUGGUGUUUUAAAUGAAAUCAUUAAAAUUAGCGAUGAUAAUAAUUCAAAUAUUUAUGACUCUUUAGAUCCAGAAACCCUAAAGUCUACUGAUUCGCCACCAACCAGAUCAGAGAAAAAACUUUCCAAAGCUCAAAAGAAAAACUUAAGAAAAAAAGAAGCAAAACAAAAGGAAAAAGAAGAAAAAGAGGGUCAAAAUAAACAAGAGGAAGGAGAGGAGCUCAAAGACCAGAGUGAAAGUGCUAUUAAAGAAGAAGAAAAAGUUAAUGAAGGUUUACCAGAUAACAGUAAUGAAUUAGAUGUACCUAUUCAAUCAUUAUCAAAUAAUAGUAUUUUAGCAGACACCAUAAUAAGUGAUACCCAUAUACAAAUUCCAAUUAGAUCAAACUCCAACUCUAUACCGGGAUCACCAUUAUUUUCAAAUAUAUCAGAUACUAAUAGUAUUGGUGGUGAUAUUGACAUCAGCCAUCCAUUAAUUGAAACCAACCAAUCAAAUACUCCGGACGGUGCUGAAAAAAUUUUCGAUAGUCAAACCUCAAGAAUCAUAAAUAUCGAUGAUUCGGAUGAUGAGGACGAAAAAGAAAAGAAAAGACACCAACUUUACCUUCAACAACAGUCAUCCAUGUCAUCAUCGUUAUACGUAGAUGAUUCAAAGAUUAAAAAUGUCGACGAUGAUGGUUUAAACGAGUAUAACUAUAUAAUUAAAGAAAAAGUACCAGAACCAACUCCAGUUACAGAAUCAACUCAAAAUAAUCUUUGUGAUACUUUCAUCGAUGACUAUCAAAAUGAAUCAGUAAAUACAAUUGGUUUAUAUGACAAUAGUAAUGAUAAUAAAAAUAACAAUAGCAAUAAUAAUAAUAUAUUUACCGAAUCACCCUUAUCAACAGUUUCAAAUAAUAUCGUUGAGGAAAAGCAAGAUUCUAUUAAAAACCAUCAACGUUCAAUUAGUGAUUUAGAAAAUAGCUUUGAAUCCAUUAAAUUAAAUCCUGAAGAUGACGAAGAAAGUGGUAAGAACUUGGGUAAAAUUGAAGAAGAUGAGGAAGAGGAUUUACAAAAAGAACCAAUUGAUUUAAGGAAAGAUAUACCAUCCGAUGCCUACAGCGCAAACACAUUGUUAUCAUGUUUGCUUCAAUUUACAAAUCCAGAGUUACUAUCCGGUGAAAAUGGUUUUAUUUGUUCAAACUGUAAAAAGAUUUAUAAAGAAAAGAAAGCAAAACAAAGGGAACAACAAGAGUUAUUAAGAUUAGAAAAAGAGAGAGCUGCUGCCGCUAUGAAGCUUGAAUCGAUAGAAAUCAAUAAAGAGAAUGGUGAUAUUGAAAUUGACUCAAAUAAUACAGAAACCCCAUCAAGUCUAUUAGAAGGUAAAAAUUCAGAUGAUAAUAGCAGUCUUAAUAGUACUCCAGUCAUUAUCCCAAUUGAAAACAUUGAAAACAUCGAUAAUAUCGAAAAUUCAAUCCAACAACAUGACUCCAAACCAGCCCAAAAGAAAAACAAAAAAAGAUCAACACCAAAUAAAAAAGACUCAAAGAAAUCUAAUGAUGAUGAAGACGAUAUUGAAAAGUAUAGAAGAAACGCCAGUAAGCAAUAUCUAUUAUCAUCAACACCACCAUUUUUAACUAUUCAAUUAAAAAGAUUUAUGCAAACUAGAACAGGCUUCCAAAAAAAUUCAAAGAGAAUUGAAUUUCCAAUUGUUUUAGAUUUAUCAUCAUUUACUGAUCAAACUAAAAAUAAAAAAGAAAAAGAAAAGGAAGAACAAAAAGAAGAGAAUGAAGAAAAAGAAAAGGAAGAACAAGAAGAAAAUGUAGAGAAUAAAGAAAAUGAAGAAGAAAAAGAAGAAGAAAAAGAAGAAGAAAUUGAAAAUAUUCAUAAUCAAAAAUAUCAGUUAAAUGGUAUUGUUGAACAUAUGGGAGGAAUGGGUGGUGGCCAUUACGUUGCAUAUAUUUAUGAUGACUAUAAUGAACAAUGGUUUUAUAUUAGUGACAGUACAUUUAGACCCAGUAGUCUAAGCCAUGUAGUUUCAAAUGACCCAUAUUUAUUAUUUUAUAAAAAAAUUGGUGUUAAAACCUCGGAUAUUUUCAAUUCAAUCAAAAGAGUUUUAAAUGAAAAAAACCAAUCAUUAAAAAAAAUAAAUAAAGACAAAGAAGAAAAAGAAAAUAAUAGUAAUAAUAAUAAUAAUAAUAAUAGUAAUAACGAUACAAAUAUAGAUAAUAGCAAUAAUAGUAAUAAUACAGAAAAUAAUAGUGAUACAAUUAUAGAUAGCAAUAAUGAAAAUAAUAACAAAAACGAUAAUGACAGCAAUAAUACAAUAAUCAAUAAUGGGGAAAAUAUUAAUGAUCAAGAUAACAACACAAUCAGUGAUAAUAAUAACGAUAGUAUUGAUAAAAAUUAAACCACCAAUAAAAUUUAAAAUUUUUUGUGAAAC